AUGUUUAAAAAUAUUCUCUUAAUAAUUUUUCCAAUUAUUAAUUUAAAUUUAAUAUUAAUAAUUCAAGCACCCCCGCCAAUGCAUGAAUUUAUUCUUGAAUAUGAAUAUUAUUCAUUAAAUAAUAUUUUAAUGAAUCAUAUGUUACCGAAUAUGCUAGCUGAACUUCGUCAGACGGUGUUUGCUAAUGCAUAUAAGGCAAUUGAUUUCGCCAGAGGAAAAUUUCAAGAAGCAAAUAGACCAGCAAAUCCAAAUAGUCCAUUACAUUUAAGACAACAGAUAAACGACGGAAAUAUAGUUUUAGGGAAAUAUGAUUUUAUUUUAUACCAUCCAAAUCAAAAUAAUCAAAUUAGAAAUUUAACAGUAAAUCAAGUACAUUCUAACGGAAUUUUACAAAUUGGGGAAUAUCAACAAAUGAAUGGGGGAGGAUUUUCUGACCAAUUUAAUCAAAAUAUUAAAAUACGUAGAAGUGGAACAAUUGAUAUAUUUUAUUAUAUUAGAUGUCAACAUGUAAAUAAUAUUGAAAGAUUUGAAUAUAGUGAAAUACACAGAAUUAUUAAAAAUAAUUUAACAAUUAAUUUUGGACAACAAAUAACACAUAGAGCUAUUGAUGGAACUAUUAUUUCAAUUCUUCAAGCACGUCCUCAAAAUUAUAAUAUUAAUUAA